UAACCCUAAUUUCAAUGCACGUCUCAAUGUAUAAACUUAUCUCUCUCCCUCCCCCAUUUCUCAAAACCCAAGAAAAAAAACUCCAUACCAUUUCAAGAAUCUUAUCACAAACCCAUCAAGAAGAAGAAAUAUAAGCUAAAGAAGAGAUUGUAAGUUUGAAAUAAGAAGUAACAAGCGUCCGAGUGAGAGUAUGGCGUAUGAAGAAGUCAUCAAUGAGCUUAACCUUAAGGACACAGAGCUUCGUUUGGGAUUGCCCGGAACAGAUGAACAAGCAGAGGUUUCUUGCGUCAAAAGCAACAAACGUCAGUUUCAUCAAAGCAACGACGAGCACAAUCUAAAAGAAGAAUAUCCACCUCCUCCUGCCAAAACACAAAUCGUUGGCUGGCCACCAGUGAGAUCGAACCGGAAGAACAACAACAAAAGUGUGAGUUAUGUGAAAGUGAGUAUGGACGGAGCUCCAUAUCUGCGUAAGAUAGAUCUCAAGAUGUACAAAAACUAUCAUGAGCUUCUAAAAGCACUAGAGAACAUGUUCAAGUUCACAAUUGGUGAAUAUUCUGAGAGAGAAGGAUACAAAGGAUCUGGAUUUGUACCGACUUAUGAAGACAAAGAUGGAGAUUGGAUGUUGGUGGGUGAUGUUCCAUGGGACAUGUUCUCUUCAUCUUGCCAAAAACUCAGAAUCAUGAAACGAUCCGAAGCUCCUGCCUUUUGAUCCUCUGUUUUCAAGGAAACCCUUUUUGUUUUUGGUAAAAGUUCCUCUUAGAGUCUCCUACUUAAUUUCGAAAUCUUUUAAGAAAAAGAGAAGUUGUGUACAAUAGGAAUAGACUGAUCGACAUAGUUUCAAAUAGUUGUAACUGUAGGUUGUUAAUUCUGUUAUACCAGUUUUGAUUAUAUAAGUUUAUACUAUAUGAUAAUCUUAUGCGAUUGCACCAA